CCUGUGGUUAAAUCGCGCUUGUGAGCGAAGGAGUAGUUCCGAAACUCCAUAUUCAAUUUCCUGGAUAUUCAUUCAACACAACGGCGGCCGUUUUUCUCGAGAAAUUAGUGAUCAUUUUAUCCACUUUCCCACCACUUAAACGGCUCAUUGCUACUAAGUGGUAGUGGCUGUGAUGGACGCCAUUUUGGUUGCCUAGCGACAACUGCCAUUUGCAUGGCAGGAUGCUGAAUCCCAUGUGCAAUGCUUCCGACGGAGGACGGUUUUAAUGAGAGCCGAGCACUAGAGGUUGGCUAUAAUAGCGGAUGGGAUAUAGAUUGGCGAUGCCUGCGGAACCGUGUUAGUGUCUCAGCCAAAUGGACAUUGUGGAUGACGGUGAAUAAGAUGUGUGUUUGUCCGCACCAGGCAAGGAGAAAAUACAACGUUAAAACAAGAGGCAAUCGCACCAACGAAUAGACCUACAAAACAAGCGAAUAGGCCUAAACAGACAACCAAAACUACGUACAAAAUUGCAUUUUGGCAAAAGUGUACUCCGUCACAGCCUCACUUGUAUAAAUACAGUGCACAAUCUACGGAUGUUCCAAUAACGGAAAUUGGGUGACGUGUGCAUCUUCAAAGAUAACAGUUGAAUAUUCCAUAUUACGAGAUGCCGUCAAUGAGGUCCAAGAUUGCCCGCUCUAGGCGCAUCAAGGCCGCCCUUGCAGGAGGCGUUCUCCUAUACGGUGUUAUCUUACUGGUCAGCACCUCCACGAAGCAGGAGCAUCACAUGGCCUACCCCUGGGCUGCCCAAGGAGACGGUUUCAGGCAAGCCCAUCGCCAGGAACAUCUUAGACAUACCAUGGAGAUCGAGGCGAACUCGCAGUCACCAGCGGGGAGACGUGGGAAUGCGUCCCGGCUACUCAUUGGAAAUCACACGAACUCGCUGUCUCCAGCGGGUAGUCGGGGGAAUCAGUCCCAGCAACUCAAAGGAAAUCACACAGUGGUGGAACUCAACAAAAUAACUGAAGAGCCACUGAAAUGUACCAGGACACUGAAAUCUUUAACCAAGUACUCCAAGUGGUUCCAGGGAAGAUACCAGCCGAAAGUCAAGCUCUUUUUGGACAAAAACGACAUCAACAACUACAAAAGCUACUUAACACGUGGUCUUCCGUAUGGGUUCAAAGGUCAAAAUCACACAGAAUUCGACCUAGUUUUAAAGAACCCGAAUUUCACUAACCCUUCGAUCCACGGCGCACAUCGCAAGGCGGGCUGCAUCCGUUGUGCUGUGGUCGGUAGCGGUGGUAUCCUGAAUGGCUCCGGAGCAGGCGCGGAAAUAGACGGUCACGACUACGUCUUCAGGGUCAAUCGGGCGUUGUCGAGAGGACGAUUUGCUACAGACGUUGGGAGACGCACAACGUUCUACACUUUCUUCCCCGAGUCGCAAGGAAUCGGAAAUGUUGAAGAUAAGAGCAUGAUCGCCUUCUAUGCCAUGUUUAAAGCCUACGAUGUCGCUUACGCCAAGAAACUGAUCCAAGGGGACAAAUCACCAAGAUAUAAUAUCACAGCGACAUCCAGGGGGAUGAAAAGACCCGGCUUAGAGGCAUCCAAAUUAAAGAUUAUUCAUCCUGCAUUCUUCAACUACGUUUCCCAAGUGUAUUUGAUGAGAAAAGCUCGACCGACAACAGGGUCGAUAGUUGUGAUCAUGUCCCUGCACAUUUGUGACGAGGUAACUAUUUAUGGCUUCGGGUACGAUCCCCGCUUCACCAUGCACUACUAUGAUUCCAAGUUCAUCAAGCAUACGCAAAAGUCGACCGCCUCGCACAACGUCGACAACGAGCGCAAACUGUGGAUGAAACUGCACGAAGAAGGUGUUAUCAGACUGUUCAAAAGGGAUUUGUGACGAAAGUUAGCGCUUGGGAAGACUUUGACUUAUUUCAUGCAAAAACAGUACAUGUAUAUGUAUAGGCCGACACGUAGGCUGCUUGGACUAAUCACGGUAGCCAGUGAGUGAUGGACACCAGUACACGGCGCAUGCGCACACCUUUGUAGUGACGUCAUGUGUAUCGGUUGCUGACAGGUAAAUCCACCCAAGUGUCUUUCUUGUUUAUAUUUAAAAAUCGAUUUGACUGUACAGUGUCCAGUGUGUGGUCAACUUCUUUUGGGAGCCGCCCAUAUCAAGUGACAAGUGCGCUGAAGUAAACGGUUCGCUUCUGCGCAGUGCAAGUCAGUGUCACGUGACCACCAUUUGCAAUUUUGUACACAAAUGUGGCGUGGUACAACCUGGACAAAAAAGUGCGGCACACAUCUUUACGUAGUUUAGCUUCUUUGCUGAAUUAGAGAAGAAAAGAGAUGACACUGAGGAAGAAGCCUCAAAACAUUCUGCACUUUUGGAAGCGUCCGAACUUGGAUUGGUUAUCAGCCGUGACUGUUCCAACCUCGCCCCCAGGGCCUACUUUAUUGCAGGUAGUGGUGGGAGCGAACUGCUCGACAUCCUGGGAACGAGGUUGUGAUGGUCCUCCUUCCCAAGUGGCAUGAUUGGUCCAACAAGGGAUACUUGAUGAUUACUUACUUAAGAAAGAAAGAUUCCAUCACAACUUGUGUGUAUUUUGUGCAUAUUUUUAUUCAGUAAAACAAAACUUUAUGAUUGUAUAAAAGCAGCAUGCAAAGGUAACUUGAACAAGGAUUAAAGAAUCAACUCUCAAUCAAAAUGUAUCAAUAUUACUCUAGAAUUAUACACAACAUCAACAGGUUAAGUAGAUGUCCAUUCAAUGGAACACUUUUAAUUAAAUACAUACAUUAAUAUACAUGUACAUUAAAAGCUACUUCUAACAUGGAAGUAGCUGAAGUAUUUGUGACACUAACAGCAAUAAUGCCAAAGUGUAAAACAUGCCCAUAAUAAAUCUAGUAUUUAAAAUUGCAUUGUUUUUCAUAUUUACUAAAAUCUAAAUAAGGCAGCAGAAAGUCCAAAUAACUACAUGUAUUCAAAAUGUAAAUUCCAUUAAUGCAUUUCAUUUUUUUUUUUACAAUACCCAACAAAGUAUACAUUUUAAUAAUCUCUUAAACAUUUCAAUAAAAUCUUUGCAUUGAAAUUUGGAUUAGACAUUUUUUUAUUGAGAUUCCUGGCAUGUUACCUGAAAAAAAAAUCACUAACUACCUGUUGCAUCACGAACAAAUGGAAUUUAUUUAAAACACAUCAGUUUUUUGUUGUGGCGUUUAGUUUUGCUACCAUUCAGUUCAAGUAUAUUGUGAAUUAUUGGUUAAAAUAUUUAAAAAAGUCAACCAAGAGUCAACGUCAUAGUCAAAGAUUGUCUGUUCAUUAAGGAAUCUUUCUAAUGAAACAAUUUGAUUCAGUAAACAUUUAUUUACUUCUCACUGAAAUCGCCCGUUUGA